CUGUCUUUCGGUACCAGUCUGAUUACUACAAAUUUCGCAUCUGCCGACCGAGGAGUAUGUAGCGGUGUUGUUUCUCCAUUUUUUCGCACUUAGGGUCAAAUUAUAACUCAAAAGUCACAAUGGGUUACGUUGGGUAUGUCACGACAUUCCUGCUGUCCGGGAUAUUCAUCGGUAUUUUUUUUGCCUACAUCUUCACAGACCAGCUGUACAGGCUAGACUUUGGAUGGCUCCUCGUGUCUAUCUCACCUUUCAUGUGGGCCAAUCUGGGCAUUGCCUUCUCCAUAUCACUAUCUGUGGUGGGUGCAGCUUGGGGAAUAUUUUGCACUGGAACAAGUAUUUUGGGUGGUGGCGUCAAGACUCCAAGGAUAAGGACAAAGAACUUACUCAGUAUUAUCUUCUGCGAGGCAGUGGCCAUUUAUGGGAUCAUCCUCGCCCUUGUCAUCUCCAAUUUACUUGAAAAUUAUGACCCAGCGGUCGUUUCGGAGGAUAUCCUGAAGGGCAACUAUAAAGCAGGCUAUGCCAUGUUUGGUGCUGGCUUGACUGUAGGCUUUUCAAACCUCGCCUGCGGUAUUUGCGUUGGGCUGGUUGGUAGCGCCGCGGCCCUCGCCGAUGCCCAGAACCCUAGCCUCUUUGUCAAGGUCCUAAUCAUUGAGAUUUUCGGCAGUGCGAUAGGACUGUUUGGUGUCAUCAUAGGCAUCUUGCAGUGCAACUCAUUCAGAUUCAAGAAUGAGUGAGUUUUGCCGUUGCUCCAGCCAAAUUCCACCAAGUCCUUUCUUCCACCCCUUGUGAGUUCUUUCCCCUUCGAUAUCUUGGGAUUUGUUCAUGUACAUGGGUUUUUCUUUGUCGGUGAGGGAUUAACAAGACAGGUCUCGGGGGAUUUCUCACUUACCUGUCUGCUGCAAACAAAACAUCUGUAAAUUCUUGUGAAACAUUCCUUUGUAAAUCAGCUGUAUUUCAGCUGAGGAGGCAAGUUAAGCGCAGCUUUUAUCAAAUCAAAGGAAGCAGUGGUUUCACGUUUAGAGCACCCAUUACUAAUAUUUUGAUAUUUAUUCUCUUUCCGAUGGCCAUGUAUGACGUUUGUUUGUAAAAGGUGGGUUUUAGCAAUAAGAGACGAAACGGUGCACAUGUAUCUUUUUCUGAUUUGACUUUUCUUAUCGAUCCCUGUAAAGAAAGUUAGGCAGUACACUCCUCAAAAUGUAUACUGUUUGUAGACAUGUAAAAUUGUUGUACAUGAAUGGCAAAGACGAGUAUUAAAUCAACCGUUUGUGGAGUAUAUUGUUUCGAAGUGAAAUAGGCAGAUAAAAUAAAUAUUGCUUGAUGUCAAGAAAUUUGUGUUGGUUUUUAUUUGGAAAUAUGCAUCCUAAUGUCAUUGUAGAGUCAAUUUAUGACAUGUACAUGUACCUUGUUAUUGUGACGGGGGGGUGUAAUUAUUGUAAGUUAAUAAGAUCCCUCUGUAUACAGGUGAUAUUUUCUAUUAUUGUAAGUUUGAAAAACAGACUCAAUCUUGCGCCUCAAAUUCAUUCACGAAUGGAUUUGUAUCCAAGGACAGUUGAUUUUUAUUACAAUAGGUUUUUUACUGAUGAUGUCGCAUUUUGUGUGUGUACUUUCUUGUGGCAGCCAAUAAGCCUUUUGCCAAUUAACUUUGACCCAAAUCUGGUACACUGCG